UUUUGUAAUGUUUUGUGGUCAAAACAAACUAAUUCGGGCCAAAGAAUGAUCAAUUCAAUGCUGCAAGUUGCAAUUCAGAAAAGCCGUCAAAGAAAAUGGAGGAAAUGUGCAGAGUAUGCAUGGAGACGUCUGGAGCAGUCACAAACAUUUUUGAUGAGACACAAAAAUGGGACACCUGCAUUGCUGACAUGAUAUCGGAGUGCACAGGAUACCUGGUUAGGCGAGGUGAUUCCCUACCAGAAAACAUAUGUCCGCCCUGCCUUGAGGACGCAGUGAGUGCAUUCAAUCUUAAGAAAACCUGCGAGCAGAGCCUGAUGGAGGAAAAUAAGGCAAGAGACCUCUGUGUUAAUGUAAAAGAGGAAGACUGUGAGCUGUCAGAUAGUGGAAAUGCGCAAUUAAAACGUUUUAAAACCAAUGCAAAGGUACAUCGAAAUGAUAAUCUAGAUAAUUGUAGCGUCGACGGUUCUGACCACUCCAAAUCCUAUCAACUAAAAUCCCAACGCGGCGAGCAUAAGUGCUCUCAGUGCCCCAAGUCUUUCUCAUGUGCCGGAACUCUCCAGCGUCACAUCAGCACACACACUGGAGAACGGCCCUACAAAUGCUCCGACUGCUCAAAGACAUUUCGACAUAAAUGCAAUCUUCGAACACACACCCGUACGCACACCGGAGAACGACCCUACCAAUGUUAUCACUGUUCGAUGUCUUUUACACAAAAAUCAAAUCUUGAAAGACACACCCGUACGCACACGGAUAACCGACCACACAAGUGCCCUCAAUGCUCCAAGUCCUUCAUACAAAAAUCCAGUCUUGAAAACCACAUAAUUUCCCACACGGGUGAACUACCAUACCCAUGCUCUCAUUGCUCGCAGUCUUUUGAACAAAAAUCUCAUCUCCAAAAACACACCCGGACACACACCGAAGAGCGCCAGUAUAAGUCUUUUCGAGGAGUCUCGAGGAGGUUUUCUCAGACUGUUGCGCUCCGAGACACCCAUUCAGGAGGCGGACCACACCAGUGCAUUCAGUGCUCUCAGUCAUUUACAAAAAAAACCGAACUCAACGACCACACCUGUAUUCACACUGUCGAGCUGCCGCAUAAGUGUACUCACUGCUCCAAGUCAUUUGCUCGAUCCGACAGUCUCCGGAUUCACAUCCGUUCGCACACGGGUGAACGACCUUACCAAUGUCCUCACUGCUACAAAUCGUUUAUUAAGGAAGAACAACUGCAUAUUCACAUGUGUACGCAUACGGGCGAACGACCGUACAAUUGCUCCCAAUGCUCGCAGUCUUUUGAACAAAAAUCUCAUCUCCGAGAACACAACCGUAUUCACACUGGCGAACGACCGCUUAGGUGUUCUUACUGCUCAAAGUCUUUUAAACAAAAAUCAAAACUUGAUAGACAUUCUCUCACUCACACAGAUGAACGGCCUUUCAAAUGCUUUCAGUGCUCGAAAUCAUUUCAAGAAAAAUCGAAUCUUCUGGUACACAUCCGCUCUCACACUGGGGAGCGUCCUUACCAAUGCACCCACUGCUCGAAGAAAUUUAGAUACAAAAACAGCAGCUACCAAAGACACAUACGUAGUCACACAAGCAAUGACAAGUGCGUUAAUCCGGCACUCUUCGAGAUCACAUCGGUAAGAACGCUGGGAACGAAUGAUUCUAUUUCUCCAACUGCAGAACGAGAUAUUUAAAUUUAUUCAAUUAUUUCCGCCAUCCUCUUUACUGUGACUUUUACAUAUGUUACGUACUUUUGUACGUACAGUCCAAGCCAUUUUUGGACAAAAUAAUUGACGAAAUAUUGGGCAAUGUCCAAAUUUCUGUAUUGAAUGUUAAAUGUGGCCUUUAUAAUACAGUUUUAAGUGUUAAAAUAUUAAGGAUAAGAUAAAAAAAGACAUCGAAAUUUUAUGAAAUGUUAACCUUUUAGAAUGAGCGUUUUUUGCAGAGUUACCUUGUAAUCUGCACUUCGA